GAAAUGGCCCUCUCAGUGGACUCUUCUUGGUUCCGGUGGCAGUGGCGAUUCAGAAAUGGCUUACCGCGGUCUCCAUCAGAAAUCACACCGCUCAUCUCUUCAAAGAGACAGGGGCAAAGCUACAACCUGAGGCAGCAGCGGGUCGUGUUCCCCAACAACAAGAUAUUCCAGUAUGAUUGGGGAAAGAUCUCCAGGAGAUACUCUGACAACAGAAUCUGCACAAGCAAAUAUACCCUCCUCACCUUCCUACCCCAGAAUCUCUUUGAGCAGUUUCACAGAUGGGCUAACCUCUAUUUCCUGUUCUUGGUGAUUCUGAACUGGAUACCUUCCAUGGAAGUCUUCCACAGGGAAAUCACCAUGUUACCAUUGGUCGUUGUCCUGUUCAUCAUUAUGGUCAAGGACGGCAUGGAGGACUUCAAGAGAUACCUCUUUGAUAGAGAGAUAAAUUGCUCCAAAAUCCAAAUAUAUGAAAGAAAAGAACAGAGGUACGUGCCGAAGUGCUGGAAGGAUGUGCGCGUGGGAGACUUCAUCCAAAUGCAAUGCAAUGAGAUCAUUCCAGCAGAUAUCCUCCUCCUCUUUUCCUCUGACCCCAGUGGGAUCUGCCAUCUGGAAACCGCCAACUUGGAUGGAGAGACAAACCUCAAACAAAGGCGUGUUGUGAAAGGCUUCUCCCAGCAGGAGGCACAGUUCGAUCCGGAACAAUUCCACAGUACCAUUGUGUGUGAGAAACCCAACAACAACCUCAACAAAUUUAAGGGUUAUAUGGAGCAUCCAGACGAGACCAGGACUGGCUUUGGCAGUGAGAGUCUUCUGCUUCGAGGUUGCACGAUCAGAAACACUGAGGUGGCCAUUGGCAUUGUCAUCUAUGCAGGCCAUGAGACAAAAGCCAUGCUGAACAACAGUGGCCCACGGUACAAACGCAGUAAGAUUGAACGGCGCAUGAACACACACAUCUUCUUCUGCAUCGGGAUCCUCUUCCUCAUGUGCCUCAUCGGAGCUGUAGGUCACACCCUCUGGAAUGCAACCUUUGAAGAACACCCUCCCUUUGACGUUCCAGAUGCCAAUGGCGACUUCCCUCCCCUUGCCCUUGGGGGCUUCUACAUGUUCCUCACAAUGAUCAUCUUGCUCCAGGUGCUGAUCCCCAUCUCUCUGUAUGUGUCCAUUGAGUUGGUGAAGCUUGGGCAAAUCUUCUUCCUGCACAAUGACCUUGACUUAUAUGACGAAGAGACCAAUGUACCCAUUCAAUGUCGAGCCCUCAAUAUCACUGAGGACCUGGGCCAGAUCCAGUACAUCUUCUCUGACAAGACAGGAACCCUGACUGAGAACAAGAUGGUGUUCCGGCGCUGCACCAUCAUGGGCAGUGAAUUUUCCCACCAAGAAAAUGCCAAGCGACUGGAGACCCCAAAGGAGCUGGACUCAGACAGUGAAGAAUGGACCCAAUACCAGUGUCUGACCUUCCCAGCCAGAUGGGCCCAGGGCCCAACAACUUUAAGAGGCCAAGGAGGUUCCCAGCCUCUGAGGAGAAGCCAGAGUGCCCGAGUGCCCAUCCAGCGCCAUUCCCGUCAAAGGUCCAUGGGGCACUGUGAAAGCGCACAGCCUCCUGUGGCCUUUAGCAGCCCCAUAGAAAAAGAUGUGACUCCAGAUAAAAACCUACUGACCAAGGUGCGGGAUGCUGCUCUGUGGCUAGAGACCUUGUCAGACACCAGGCCUGCCACACCUUCCCUCUCCACCACCUCCUCCAUUGCUGACUUCUUCCUGGCCCUCACCAUCUGCAACUCCGUCAUGGUCUCCACAACCACUGAGCCUAGGCAGAGGGUCACCAUGCCAUCCUCAACCAAGGCUCUGGGGGUGUCCCUAGAAAAGAUUCAGCAACUCUUCCAGAGGUUGAAGCUGUCAAACCUCAGCCAGUCAUUCUCAUCCACAGUGCCCUCUGACACAGACCUGGAAGAGAGUUUGGGAACCAACAUGCCCACCACAGACUCGGAUGAGAGAGACGAUGUGUCUGUGUGUAGUAGAGACUACUCCACUGAUGGUGGCUACAAAAGUAGCACAUGGGACCAGGGUGACAUCGUGGGAUCUGGGGAGGCCCCUCCACUGAAGGAGGUGCUGGAGGCUCCGGUCCCGGGCCUGGCUAGUCCCGAGUUCUGUUAUGAGGCCGAGAGCCCUGAUGAGGCAGCCCUGGUGCAUGCUGCCCAUGCUUACAGCUUCACUCUGGUGUCCCGCACACCUGAGCAGGUGACUGUGCGCCUGCCUCAGGGCACCUGCCUCACCUUUGACCUUCUUUACACCCUGGACUUCGACUCUGUCAGGAAGAGGAUGUCUGUGGUUGUGAGGCACCCACUGACUCAAGAAAUCAUAGUCUACACCAAGGGCGCUGACUCAGUCAUCAUGGACCUGCUUGAAGAUCCAGACUGUGGUACUGACACUAAUACAGAAAAGAAGCUGAGGAAAAUCCGAGCCAGGACCCAGAAGCAUCUAGAUUUAUAUGCAAGAGAUGGCCUGCGCACACUAUGCAUUGCCAAGAAGGUAGUGAGCGAAGAGUACUUCCGGCGGUGGGUCAGUUUCCGGCGUGAAGCGGAGGCAUCGCUUGACAACCGAGAUGAGCAUCUCAUGGAGACCGCUCAACUACUGGAAAAUCACCUCACCUUGCUCGGAGCCACUGGAAUCGAAGACCGGCUGCAGGAAGGAGUUCCAGAUACAAUUGCUGCUCUGCAGGAGGCUGGGAUCCAGAUCUGGGUCUUGACUGGAGAUAAGCAGGAGACAGCAGUCAAUAUCGCCUAUUCCUGCAGACUGUUAGAUCAGACCGACACAGUUUACAACAUUAAUACGGAGAGUCAGGAAAUCUGUGAGUCCAUCCUCAGCUGUACACUAGAAGAAGUAAAGCAAUUUUAUGGACCACAGAAACCAGACCGCAAGCUCUUUGGCUUCGGCCUGCCUUCUGAAACACCAUCAACUACCUCAGUAGCUUUCAUUCCAGAAGUUGGAUUGGUCAUUGAUGGGAAGACAUUGAAUGUCAUAUUCCAGGGAAAGCUGGAGAAGAAAUUUCUGGAGUUGACCCAGUAUUGCCGAUCUGUCUUGUGUUGUCGCUCCACCCCACUCCAGAAGAGUAUGAUAGUCAAGCUGGUGCGAGACAAAUUGAGCGUCAUGACCCUUUCCAUAGGUGAUGGAGCAAAUGAUGUGAGCAUGAUUCAAGCCGCUGAUAUUGGGAUUGGGAUAUCAGGACAAGAAGGCAUGCAGGCUGUCAUGUCCAGUGACUUUGCCAUCUCCCGCUUCAAACAUCUCAAGAAGCUACUACUCGUGCAUGGCCACUGGUGCUACUCACGUCUGGCCCGGAUGGUUGUGUACUACUUCUACAAAAAUGUGUGCUACGUCAACCUGCUCUUCUGGUAUCAGUUCUUCUGUGGUUUCUCUGGCUCCACCAUGAUCGAUUACUGGCAAAUGAUAUUCUUCAAUCUCUUCUUCACCUCCUUGCCUCCUCUCCUCUUUGGAGUCCUCGAUAAAGACAUCUCUUCAGAGACGCUCCUGGCAUUGCCUGAGCUAUACAAGAGCGGCCAAAACUCUGAGUGCUACAGUCUGUCUACUUUCUGGAUUUCCAUGAUGGAUGCAUUCUACCAGAGCCUAGUCUGCUUCUUUAUCCCUUACCUGACUUACAAGGACUCUGAUAUUGAUGUCUUCACAUUUGGAACACCCAUCAAUACCAUCGCCCUUGCUACAAUUCUUUUGUACCAGGCAAUGGAAAUGAAGACCUGGACCAUUAUCCACGGACUUCUCCUUGUCGCCAGCUUCCUGAUGUACUUUGUGAUAACCUUAGUGUACAAUGCCACCUGUGUCGUAUGCAACAGCCCCACCAACCCCUAUUGGGUGAUGGAAGGCCAGCUCUCAGACCCCACUUUCUACCUCGUCUGCUUCCUCACACCGGUCGUGGCUCUUCUCCCAAGGUACUUUAUCCUGUCUAUGCAAGGGACCUGUGGGAAGUCUCUGAUCUCAAAAGCUCAGAAGAUUGACAAACUCCCCAAGGACAAAAGAGACCUGGAAAUUCAGAGUUGGAGAAACAAACAGAGGCCAGCUCCUGUCCCUGGAGGGGCUCAGCCUGCCCUCCAUCCAGGGCCACCUCUCCCAGCACACAACUUCAGAGCCAGCACACCAAAGAGCUCACCCCCUCCCAAGAGGAGAUAUAUGGAAGACUGGACACUCCAUGGAGAGAGGUGCAGUGGAGACCACAUGAGGGACAACACAUACUCAGAGGACUCCUCAACCAGACUCUCAUCUGGAAAACACCUUCUGGGACCCAGUAGGGCAAUGGUUCCUGGAGCCUCCUCAAAUGGACAGACAAAUGUGUCUCGGCCCUCAAGCAGGGGCACCCAUCGCAGAUCCCAGAGUGCAAUGACUAUCUAA